AUGAAAAAAUUGAAAAAUACGCUUUUUAUUUUUGGGUCAGGAGAAUGUGGUCAAUUACCCCCAGAAUAUUGUACUGACUAUGUUCAGGUAAAUCCAACAGCUAUUCCUAAUUUACCAAAUGAUAUUGAUGAAGUAAUAUGUGGGUCUAUGCAUACAAUUAUAAAAACAACAGAUGAUAAAUUAUAUUCUUUUGGUUGUAAUGAUAUGGGGGUAUUAGGAAGAAAAACAUAUUCAAGUGGAAUAAAAGAUUUAGAACAUUCUCCUACUUUAAUUAAUUUUACGUUUCCUUCAAAAAUAAAAAAGAUUACAUGUGGUGAUAACCAUACAGCCAUUUUGUUAGAAAAUGGUAAGGUAUAUAUUACUGGAGGAUUUCGAGAUUAUUGUGGAGUAUUAGGGUUACCAUCAUUUGGAGAAAAAAACGAAUUAUUAACAAAAUCGUUUGAAUUUAUAGAAAUACAAUUUAGUUAUAACAAUAAUAAUAGUAAUAGUAAUAGUAAUAAUAAUAAUGGGGGUAUAUUAAAAAGUCAAGAUUCUUAUGAAAAUCAUACAUGUAAUGAUUCAAAUGAUCGAAAAGAUGAAGAUAUAAAAAUAAUUAAUAUAAUAUCUGGUGAAGAUCAUUUAAUUUGUCUUGAUGAAAGUCGUGAAUAUAUUUUUACCAUGGGGAAUAGCGAUUCUUGUCAAGUGUGUAAUAAUUUUUAUGAACAAGAAGAUUCAGAAGAACAAAGAAUAAAAUAUGUAUAUCCCAAUUGUUAUCAUUAUACAUAUUUUGGAUUUGAAAAUAAAUUUGAAAAUAUUUAUUGUGGAGGAAAUAAUACAUAUGUUCAGUUGGAAGACUCUUUAGAUGUAUAUGGUAUUGGUAGAAAUGCAUAUGGAUCUUGUGGAGUUUCUUCAAAAGAUAAUAUAAUUAAAAAAUUUGAAAGGAUUGAAGAAUUAUCACAAAAAAAAAUUAAUCAAUUAUGUGGUGGACAAAGUUUUACAGUCUGUUUAUUAAAUAAUAAUGAUUUAUAUAUAUGGGGUAAUAGAGAAAUAUUAGGUAUGGAAUGUGAUGAUGAUGCAUAUUAUCCUUUAGAAUUAGAUUUUUUUAAAAAAAAUAAUUAUAUUAUAAAAAAUAUUACAUGUGGUACUGAUCAUUGUUUAGUUUUAACAGAUAAUGGAAAAUUAUUUGGUUGGGGUACAGGAGGUAACGAAUUUGAUGAAGACACCUCCUUAGCUGUCAUUGAAAAAAAUGAACCCUCAGAAAUUGAUUUUAUUAAAUUUGUAAAAAAAAUGAUUUCAAAAUAUAAUAAAAGUGAUUCUGAAUUAAUGCAUCAAAAUUUAAUAAAAAUUGUGUCAUUUGCAGGAGGUUCGUCUCACUGUGCAUUUAUUUCAUCACAUAUAGAUACUGAUAGGGUAUGUGUAAAGAGAGGAUAUGAUGAUAUAUAUGAUGAAGACAUGUUAAGCAAAAAACACAAAAGAGAUAAUAAUAAUUAUAAUGAUAUUCAAAAUGAGAAUAAUGAUAUAGAACAAAUUGAUGCUCAUGAUGAAAUCGUAAAAAAAUAUUUAGAAGAGAAAAAAAACCAAAUACAAAAUGUAGAUGAUAAUAUGGAUAAAGCAUAUAUAUUUAAUAAAAAUAAAGGAAAAGAUCAUACUUAUAUUAAAGAUACAUGUUAUGAUAUAUCUACAAAUAAAUAUUCAACAAAAGAUAUUUGUCAAUCUUUAGAUCAAAUAAAUGAACAAAGUGAAGGUUCAAACUUACCAAGUGAACAAAAUAAAAGACGAAGAAGUGUUAAAACAAAAUCAUAUCUAAGUAAUGAAAGUCCAACAAGAAAACAACCUAGAAGAUCAUGUAAAGAACAUACAUCAUUAAAUGAAAAUGCAAAUAAAAAAUUCUAUCAAAUUAUUGAUAAACCAAUUUUAAAAAAAAAAAAAAAAACUACAACUUCAAUGAAAAACAAAAAUACAAACCUAAAAGAAGUACCAUCACCAAGUGGAAAAAGAAAAAUAAAAUCGGUAGGAUCAAGAAGAGAAAGUUUAUCGAGACCUAUCUCCAAAAAGGAUAAUUUAAAAAGAGAGUAA